UUUCGGUUAGGUUAACUCCGUGCUCCCAGUGGUUGCAGCUGAUUUGCUGCUCUCGGUGAAUCCGCACUAUUGUUUCGUUUUUAUCAACCAGCUGCUGCUGUGGCUGCUUGUGUGCUGGCGGCUGACCGUUGCAGUACUACCUGUCCUUCCCGGAUGGUCGACAUGGCAACGGCAUUUAGAUUGUCAUGGAUCCUUCUCGUCUCCGUCGUAUUCUCUUCUGCAAAAAUUAUCGAUAUAGAUGAUAUCUUGGAUGUUCCACAUGACUUGGUGCGAUGCCCCGGCACUCGGACUGUGUACAAACCACUAGCGGGAAGAGACACGUAUGCGUCAGCACUCGAAUCUUGCCGUCAAAUCAAACUUCGGAAUUACGAGAUGGCUCGUGUUGCCGUCCCGGCGUCGCCAUGCGUGACGGACCUGAUCUUCCAACGCGGUAUAGAACCCAAUCACAUCUGGAAGGAAUCGGAUCCCAUUCAACCUAGGACCUUUGACGACAAGGUUCACGACCCCACGUUCGAGUUCCACAUGCUCUGCGAAUACCGAUUUGUGGAGAUAUCCUCGACUGUUGGAUUUCCAGGGACAUCCGACAACACUGAUGUACGCACACAGUGUGGCGGUGGCCCUGGCCGUGCUCCUGAAAUGUGCCAUGCCUUUGCUAGCUGUGGGCGGAUACACGAUAAACCCAGAUGUGUGUGUAACCCUGGAUACAGCGGUAAUGGAAUCAGCUGUGGAGCUAAUCUAAAAUGCUCUGCUAGAAACUCCACUCUUUGGGUAAACUUCAAUGGAAAAUGGUCGUACAGCACGGCCACUGGUGCUUGUUACAUACCAACAUCCCAAACAACUGAUACGGUCCGCAAACUAACUCUGGUCAGCAUAGAGGCCGACUUCUUCUCCUGCAUCAAAGACCUCGUCGAGCGCUAUCACCUCCAAUCGGAGAGGCUGUGGGUAUCAGGUGGACUCUACCACAAUGGCAACUUUGAAAGCUUAACUCCUCAUCUUGAUAAAUCUAAUGUCAGGUAUUAUAGUAUUUGUGAGGAUCGCAGGAAACUCUAUGGUGAAGGCUCGAAUGCAGGUGAUUUUCCAGAAGAAUUCGACUUUGAACGCGCGUACCCCACGAGGGGUUGGGAUCUGGUCACGACUACAAAGUUUUAUGUAACGAAUAACAUUGAGCGAGCAGCGUCUCCAAGGUGCCCAAAGACCUACCAGCCUACAGAAUUACGCACUAUCUGGAGUGACAUCGGGUUCUAG